UUGAAUUUUGCGCUUGCAGUAAAUUUGCACUCUUUGGAGGCCAGGUUGGCAGCCCCAUCAGUCAGCUGUUGGCAAAGAGAUGCAGAGAAACCCGAAAACCCGCCUAUAAAUAUUGUUAUUUUGUUGAUAUUACGGAUUGCAGAAUGGAACCGCCGUACGCCCCUUUAAGUGAGUCCUGUGCCAAGGCGCUUGGCGACAAGGUGUACGAAAAACGGAAAUUGGCCUCGCAGGAAAUCGAGAAAAUGGUCACCGAAUUCAACAACAAGAACAACUCGGCACAGAUCCGUAAACUAAUCGAGGUUCUAGCUACGGACUAUGCGACUUCACGGGAUGCGAACCGCAGAAAAGGGGCGCUUAUCGGUCUCGCAGCCACGGGAUUAGGGUUGGGCAAGGAUUCGGGAAAGUACGUCCAGGGCCUUGUGACUCCCAUCAUGACCUGUCUGUCGGAUCCGGACCUGCGUGUUCGCUAUUUCGCCUGCGAGUCCUUGUACAACGUAGUCAAGGUGGCCCGAGCCGCCAUCAUUCCAUUAUUACCGGAGCUUUUCGCCGCAUUAUCUAGACUUGUUACUGAUUCAGAUCAGAUGGUUAAGGACGGCAGCGAGCUACUGGAUCGACUACUAAAGGACAUUGUCACGGAAUCGUCGCAGACCUUUAACCUCGAAGCCUUUAUUCCUUUGCUGAGAGAGCACAUCUAUGUGAAGGAUGCCUUUGCCCGUCAGUAUGUGAUCUCAUGGAUAUCGAUCCUAAACGCUGUGCCGGACAUCAAUAUGGUCAACUAUUUGACCGAGAUACUGGACGGCCUUUUUCUCAUGCUCGAGGACAAUACACUCGAAAUUCAACGCAUGUGUGAAACUACUAUCAGUCAGUUUCUAAAGUCCAUAAGAAACGACUCUUCCUCCGUGAGGAUGGAGGACACUAUAAACACGCUAAUUACCCACGCUCAGUCACCCAAUGAGCUCAUCAAGUCUAUUGCAAUAACCUGGAUCCGAGAGUUUGUUCAAAUAUUUGGGCCAAAUGUGUUGCCCUAUGCAAGUGGAAUUUUCACGGCGAUAUUGCCGUGCCUUGAAUAUAAUGUGGAAUCCAAGAGAAGUAUUAAAGAGUGCGCCGUUUCCGUUAACAACUCGAUGAUGUCGCUGGUGUCGACUAAAGAGCUGAAAAAACAGACGGUGGCCAAGAUCGAUUUGCGUUCAAUUAUGGAUGUUCUGUCACAGUAUCUCACGCACAACUCUAUGCACACAAAGAUCGCAGUACUUAAAUGGAUCCAUCAUCUUUUUACCAAUUUUCCAAAUGAAAUGUCCGUGCAUGCCAGCAACUUAAAUAAUAAUCUAUUGUCAACGCUAGCUGAUAAUUCGGAUGAGGUAGUCCUGCAAAGUCUGUCGGUUUUGGCAGAAAUUGUUAACUCUCAAGAUAGCAGGGAGUUAAAUGACUUUAACAAAUCGCACUACCGGAAGUUUUUACUUAGCCUGCUGAAUCUCUUUAGCGAAGAGAAACUGAUUUUGGAAAACAGAGCCAGCCUAAUUAUAAGGAAACUCUGUGUGUUGCUGAAUGCCGAAUAUAUUUACCGCACUUUUGCCGAGAUAAUAGCUGAAGAAGUGCCCAAUUUAAAGUUUGCAUCUACAGUUGUGCGUCUGCUAAACAUAAUUCUUCUGACAUCAACGGAGCUUUUCGAAUUGCGUACGAGCCUGCGGAAUAUUUCCAAUGAAAAGUCAGCAGAUCUUUUUCAAUGCCUUUACAAAAGUUGGGCCCACUGUCCAGUGUCCACGCUAUCCUUGUGUUUGCUGGCCCAGAGCUACCAGCAUGUAUCCCGUUUGGUAACAUUAUUUGCUGAUGUUGAAAUCACCUUGGAGCUGCUUACCGAAUUGGAUAAAUUGGUUCAGUUAAUAGAGUCUCCAAUAUUUGCUCCUUUACGUCUAACUCUCGUUUCGAAAGCAAAUAAUUGUGCGGAUGCUCAGUAUUUGGCCCACGCUUUGUUUGGCAUUCUAAUGUUGCUGCCGCAGACAGAAGCUUUUGAUACUCUUCGAAAUCGUCUUCAAUGUGUACCUAAUUACUGGGGCCACGAUCCCAUCGACGAGCGAAACUCACUGGAGUACAAAAGUGGAAUAGAUUUCGAUGCCUUGGAGGAGCACUUCAUUAAACUGCAAAAAGCACAUCGCGAACAAAGAAUUAUUCACAGGAAACGGAGUGUAAUUACUCCAGAAAGUAACUAGCCCUUUUAUGCAUAACUUGUUUUAGAUAGCCUGUGAUUAAGCGUACAGUCAUUUAAUUUGCAUAUGUGAGUUUUAAUAAACCCGAAUCUAUAUACCUUAUUGAUUUAAAGAAGCUUCUGCUUUAAUUGUUUUUACCAAAUUAUUUGAUUUUUAUAAAUGAACAAAAUCUCUGUAAUGUGUAGUAUAAAAAAAUGUUUUUAAAUGAUAAUCACCUCAAAUAAAUAAGACAAUCUAUUCCCUAAA